AUGGAUCUUCUCCGCUCGUGGGUUUCUGCUCAACACCUGUCUGUGUUGUUCGACUCAGAUACUGAAAAUUGGCGGAUGGGGGAUAAGGACUUUAGUGAAAAGCUGAGAGGGAAAAAUCGGCUGUAUGUUGUUGUCAGUGACAUUUCCGGGAGUGUGUUUGGUGGGUAUGCGGAGCAUUAUGAGAUUGGGAUGAGUAACAAUAACAAGAAUUUUGUUUUUUCUUUGCGGCGAAAAAAUGUUAUUUGUGCGCAAAAAUUUUCGGCUUUGGAAAGUCGUGGUGUUGUCUUCUUGCCAGAAAAAGACGAAGAUCAAAGACUUGUCUGCUUUGGUGCGGGAUUGUGGGAUCUCCAGAUCUGUAAACAAAACGCUUUUUGGGUCGGGACGUGUGUUCAGCGAUCUUUUGAUUACUUGGGAUUGGAACAAGCUCUUUGUGGGUCGAGGAAUUUCUGCCCACAAAGAGUAGUUGUGUUGCAGUGCGACUGA